AUGGUGAAGUCUGCCUUCGCCACGGUGCAAGAGGUCGAUGCCGCUGCUUUUCGCCUUUUGAGAAGCGACUUCACAGGAGUGGCGGCCUUCAGCGAAGGGGAUCGCCUCACCAAUGCCGCACGCGAUUGGGCGAAGGCGCCCAGCGUCGAGGGCCUUCUGCAGGUUCGGGACGUGGGACUGGAGGAGGGCCCAGCCUCGAAAGCCUUGGAGAGUUGGAAGUUGCCACGCGAGGUCUUUGCGGCGGCACGCAGGUUGGGCUGCGACAUGCUGCCCAAGCCUGUCAAUGAGGAUACCUGCAUGGAUGUCUCCUCCAACUUGCAGGCCUCUGACUCGACAGUGCCUGCAACGCGAGCUGCAGAAAGAAGCCCACCUGACAUCUUUUCGCCGCUCAGUGAACUUGCUUCGAGCACACACCCCGCUGGUGGACAAGGGCCCAACAGCAAGAAGCGGUCUCUGGCCCAGACCCUCGACUUCGUGGCACAAGGUCGAGCUCCCAAGGAAUACAAGGCCUGGACGGAAGAUGAAGAGCAGCGCCUCCUCGAGGGUUUCCGGAAGUAUGGGAAGCAGUGGAAGAUGAUCUCCAAGUGCUGUGGUCUGCCGCACAGGAAUGGCACGCAAGUCAAAGACAAGUGGCGAGUCCUCAAUAAGAAUGGCCUUGUGCCGGCGUGGGAAGACAAGGAGGGGCAAGAGGAGGACGAGGAGGACGAGGCGGGCUCGCCAGCAGCCUGA